AUACAUUAAUGUUGUCAUAAUACACAUAGUUGACUAUUUUCUGCUGUGUGUAUAUAAAAGAAUAUCUUUCAUCUUCAAACAUCUUAACCGUUCCAUAGCAUUCUUACCUGAAAAUUCUGUGGACCAUACUCUAAGACAUGGCUAGCUAUGUCUGGUGGUGGAGCUGGUGGUUCACGGUGGCGUUUAUCGGUUGUUUAUCGAUCCAGAAGCCGGUUUUUUCCGAGCCACAAACCAACCUGUUAGGCAAAGGAUGUAGUCAAUACAAUGCAACAAAUUUACCUGAUUUUUUCAGAAAACUCAAUGCAAGUUUUGAUGAUUUAAGGAACCAGUUGUCUAAUCAAGAUAAGCGAUUCGCCACGACACAACAGGCUGUUUAUGCUAUGGUUGAAUGCAGAAACUAUUUGUCAAAAGCUGAUUGUGUUUCCUGUUAUGAUGCUGCUGUUUCUCUCAUCAGAACUUGCUCUGGUGCUAAUGGUGCUCGUGUUACCUAUGAUGGUUGCUUCCUCAGGUACGAGAGCAACAAUUUCUACCAAGACACUACACUUCCAGGAAAUGCAGCAAUUUGUGGGAAUCGAACAGCUUCUCAGCCAAAUGCUUUAAAUCCUGUUGCACAACAACUCUUGAAUGAUCUUAGCAUGGCGACUCCAAGAAUUAGUGGCUUCUAUGCAGCCACGAAGAGGGAAGUCGCUGGUGUUACUCUCUAUGGAGUAGCACAAUGUGCUGAAACCAUCACUAAAAGUGGCUGCGUAGAUUGCUUGACAGUGGCAUAUAAAAACAUAGAAGGCUGCUUGCCUAAAUAUGCAGAAGGAAGAGCUGUAGACGCAGCCUGUUUUAUGAGGUACUCAAAUAGAGCCUUUUUUUCUGAUAACAAGACAACUGAUAUCACACCAUUCCUUGGCGGAGGAGGAAGCUCAAACAAGAAGAAAGCCGCCAUUAUUGGGGGUGUCGUUGGAGGUGUAGGACUUCUUUUGAUUGUAUUGGCUUUGUUCUUAUGGUAUCGACUUUCUAGAAAACCAAAGGCAGCUGAAAGAGGUAAUAUACUGGGAGCAACUGAGCUGAGAGGUCCAGUGAGCUACAGAUUCAAGGACCUAAAAAUUGCUACCCAAGAUUUCAAUGAAAGUAAUAAACUUGGUGAAGGUGGUUUUGGUGAUGUAUACAAGGGCACUUUGAAAAAUGGACAUGUAGUUGCUGUUAAGAAACUAGCAAUUUUUUCUAGCAGAGCAAAGGCAGAUUUUGAGACUGAAGUUCGGCUUAUCAGUAAUGUCCAUCAUCGCAAUCUCAUCCGUCUCUUGGGGUGUUCUAACAAAGGAGCAGACCUACUACUUGUUUACGAAUACAUGGCAAAUGGCAGUCUUGAGAGAUACUUAUAUGGUGACAAACGAGGAAUGCUCAACUGGAAGCAACGAUUUGAUAUAAUCUUUGGCACAGCUCGUGGCCUUGCCUACCUACACGAGCAAUUCCACGUCUGCAUCAUCCAUAGAGAUAUAAAAUCCAGCAACAUUCUACUAGACGACGAAUUUCAGCCAAAAAUUGCUGAUUUUGGGCUUGUAAGACUUUUACCUGAGGAUCAGAGUCAUGUCAGCACUAAGUUUGCUGGUACCUUGGGAUAUACUGCACCAGAAUAUGCAAUUCGUGGACAUCUAACAGAGAAAGUCGACGUCUAUAGCUUUGGGGUUGUCGUUCUUGAAAUAAUCAGUGGCAGGAGGAGCAAUGAUAUACAGAUUGAGCCUGUCACUGAAUAUCUCCUUGAAAAGGCGUGGAAACUUCAUGAAACUGGCAUGCCUGAAAAACUGGUGGAUGAGACUUUAGACCCCAAUGAAUACAACGAACAAGAAGUGAAGAAAAUCAUAGAGAUUGCCUUAAUGUGUACACAAUCACCAGCAAAUCUUAGGCCAACCAUGUCUGAAGUUGUUGUCAUGCUAUUAAGUGAUCGUAGCACAGACACGAGAACUCCUAGUAUGCCUACUAUCAUUAGCAUGGAUAAGAGUACGCCAGUGGACUUGUCCAUGACUACUGGAUCAUCAGCUUCUAACGCAACCAAUACUUUUUCUGAUUUCACUGGACGCUAGCUACAUAAGAGUAUACUUUAGACCUGAAAAUUAUGCUGGCACCACAGCAUCUGAAAAAAACAUGGAAAGUAUGCUACAGUGCAAAAUGACCACUCUUUAAGUUAUACAAGUCUUAAUUUUUCAUGGUUCAUAUCCGUGACUGACUAUCAAAACUAGAACUCCAUCAUCAUUGCAGAAGCAAUGAGAAAAUUGUUGUCUUGGCUGUUAGAGUGUCUUAUUAAAUGAUGAGCUUGAACUCGA